UCCCAGUCCACCCGCUGUCGAGUAGAGAUGGUGUAGAUGCGGCAGACAGGAAGAUAAGAAGCUCACCCCUGAAUGCAGCAGCCGGGGAGGAUACCGACACCGACACACACCCAGGAGGACCGAGCAGACUCACUAUACACUACUGAGAGCAGGAAUGGACAACAAGGCGCUAGAGCCCGAUUCAGUGAGCAUCCCCAUGGAGGACGGGGUCACUUGCAAUGGGGGAGGCCAGCAACUACACCCUCCUCACAAUCAAGACACAUCGAUGUUAACCCAUUUGAAGAAAGUGGAGAACCAGAUCACGGAAGCACAGCGUUUCUCCCAUUUGCCUAAACGCUCUGCAGUUGAUCUUGAGUUCAAUGACCUGUCCUACACCAUUCAGGAGGGACCAUGCUGGAGGAGACGAGGGUUCAAGGCCUUGCUGAAGUGCCUGUCUGGAAGAUUCUGCAGUCGAGAGCUGAUAGGGAUCAUGGGGCCCUCAGGUGCUGGCAAGUCCACCUUAAUGAAUAUUUUAGCAGGAUACAGGGAAACGGGCAUGAAGGGAGAGAUCCUUGUAAAUGGGAAACCCAGGGACUUGAGGACAUUCAGGAAGAUGUCUUGCUACAUCAUGCAGCAGGACAUGUUGCUACCACACCUCACCGCCAGAGAGGCCAUGAUGGUGUCAGCCAAUUUGAAGCUGGAUGAAUCCACAGAUGUGAAGAAAGAAUUGGUGAAUGAGAUUCUGAUUGCAUUGGGGCUUCUGGACUGCGCUCAUACACGCACCAGCUCUCUCUCUGGUGGUCAGUGUAAACGUCUUGCCAUCGCCCUAGAGCUGGUCAACAAUCCACCAGUCAUGUUUUUUGAUGAACCAACCAGCGGCCUGGACAGUUCCUCCUGCUACCAAGUCGUCUCACUAAUGCGCUCCCUGGCAAUGGGGGGACGGACCAUCAUCUGUACUAUCCACCAACCCAGUGCAAAACUGUUUGAGAUGUUUGAUAAGCUCUACAUUCUCAGUCAGGGCCAGUGCAUUUACAAAGGCGCCGUCCCCUACCUCAUCCCGUAUUUGAAAACGUUAGGACUGUACUGUCCCACCUACCACAAUCCUGCGGACUUUAUCAUUGAAGUGGCGUCAGGGGAGUACGGAGACUUAAAUCCCGUGUUGUUUGAGGCUGUCCAAGGGGGUAUGUGCGCAUUAGAGGAAAAGAAGAACCUGUGUGACAACGGCAGUCCCUCUGUCUGUGCAGCCCAGCACACAAAGGAUUAUGGCCACAUUGAAAGGCAUACGUUUGCCACCAGCACACUAACUCAGUUCUGCAUUCUCUUCAAAAGAACCUUCAUUACGAUCUGUCGUGAUCAGGUGCUGACUCACCUCAGGCUGAUGUCCCACAUCGCCAUAGGUGUGUUGAUUGGCUUGCUCUAUUUAAACAUCGGCAACGAUGCCAGCAAAGUCUUUAACAACACUGGAUUUCUCUUUUUCUCCAUGCUGUUCCUCAUGUUUGGCGCACUCAUGCCGACUGUGUUGACAUUUCCCCUGGAGAUGUCCGUGUUCCUGAGGGAACAUCUGAACUACUGGUACAGCCUGAAGGCUUACUAUCUUGCCAAAACCAUGGCUGACAUCCCUUUUCAGGUGAUCUGUCCCAUCAUGUACUGCAGCAUUGUGUACUGGAUGACAGAGCAGCCGCCUGAAGCCAGUCGCUACCUUCUCUUCAUCGCUUUGUCCAUCUGCACCGCCCUGGUGGCUCAGUCUCUUGGCAUGCUGGUUGGUGCUGCCUCUACUUCACUGCAGGUGGCCACUUUUAUUGGACCUGUCACAGCCAUCCCAGUGCUGCUGUUCUCUGGAUUCUUUGUGAACUUUGACACCAUUCCCAAAUACCUGCAGUGGAGUUCCUACAUGUCCUAUGUGAGGUACAGCUUUGAGGGGGUGAUCUUGUCCAUCUAUGGGAUGAAUCGUUCAGAGCUGGAAUGUCCAGUCAAGGCUUGCAGGUUCCAACAGCCCCAAGAAGUUCUACAGUUACUGGAUGUGGAGGAUGCAAAGCUCUACAUGGACUUCAUUGUUCUUGGCAUUUUCUUCAUCAUCCUACGACUUGCCACUUAUCUCAUCCUUCGUUACAAGGUCAAGUCUGAGCGAUAGUUGUUGUCGAUGUUCUCCACCCAGAACCCAAGCAGGCUAUUGAUGAAUUAGCGCUGGGGUUUGUUUCCCUCACAGAUACAUUUCAAUUUACUGAAUCUGUUGCUGCUAAAAGUAAUCCUCUCUGGGCGUCAGUUGAGUCAACCUCUGUGGACCAAUUCCAUAAAUUGGUCAUCAUAAACCAGUUUUACCUCAGACAAACAGGACAACAGGUGCUGGGUCUGUGAGAACAAAAACAAGUGAAAGACUUGUGCAGAGUAGGACGUGCAGGAGGAUUGGAAGAAGCUUUUGGAGCCACUGAAGGAGAUUUCUGUCGCUCAGUUUGUGAAUGAACUGAGCAGGAGAAGAGACCACAUCUUUCAUUACAAUUAUUUCUUUAUUAUAGUUUGGUGUCACGGUCUGCUCCCCAAACUGAAUCUUUUGCAGGGUUGGUUCAAUCAUAAGGUCCUAUACUGGCCCCUUCUGGCCUAUACCACACAUUUGUUUCGGUUUAUUUGUGAUGCUCUCAGUGGGUCUCUCAAUGAGCGACUCUAUUGUGAGGCAUCACAAAACAUUCUUAUUACUAGUUUUAAUGGAAUUGAAUGAGUGCCUUUGUGCCGGAAGGUGGUUGAAGGGAAGAUACCAGAAUCUCCCAUAUAUAGUGGAGCUUUUUCAAAUUUUGAACACAUACGAUCAGAGCAGUAACAAAGGCAGGAUUCACAUUCACGAUUGACUUUGGUUUUUAACAAACAAAACAAAAAACAAAAACCCCAGACAAGCAAGUAUCUUAUGUCAAUACCAAGCGCAAAUCUUAAAGCUAAGUGGUUUAGUCUAGUCAUAUACGUAGAGCGCCAACUGUUGAGAGAUGACCAUGGGAUUUUUUUUAUUUUUAAAAAUAUACAUGUAUAUUUAGCGAGGUAUCUUUCGACCAAUCAAUCAAAAUGCACGUCAGUGUUGACGGUGAAUGAAGCAUUUACAAUUAUUACUUCUGACCUCUGAGUUUGUGUUAUUUCACCCUUUUUAUUUAUCGAUCAAAAGAGAAUAACAAUAUGCAUGUUCAUCAUUAUUCAUCUCUGAUUUUAUUGAAGUGAUCAUCAGCUCAUUUGCUCUUGGCGUAAUCAUACAUUCAUGGUGCUAUCUGAAGUGUCAUGUUUUACCUUCGUAUACCUUAUUAAGAGGCAAAAACGUGCAAGCUUUGGAAAUGCCAACAAUCAGGACAUAACCCAGUAGGUAUGGCUGGAAAAAAAAAAAGUCAUUUGCAUUGAAUAGCCUUUUAGUUUAUGUUUUGUUUUGGUUGGUUGGCUGCGGCGAUGCACGUCACAGCAGCAUUAUAAUGUAUCUGAUACGCCUAUUAAAAUGAUUUGAU